AGAGAGAGAAUGUGAUAAACGGGAGAAGAAAUUGGAAAGAGAAAGAAAGAUCGAAGAUACGAUUCGUAGAAAAGAAACGGUGGUCGUUGUAAGAAGAAUAGAGAGGUAUACAGGCGGGAGAAAAAGAGAAGUUAACCAUCAAAUUAGAGAAGGAAAGGUGAAGAACGGAGGAGAGUUAAGCAAUAGUUGAUCCGUUGAACAAAUAGGCGAACGGACAGAAGAACGUAUUACGAAAUUGAAGUAAGAAGGCACGUUGUUCGAGAAAAAAGGUGGGAGAGAGGAAGAAACGAGUAGACGAACGAACGAACGAGCGGACGGACGGACGGACAAACGGAUAAACGGACGAACGGACGAACAAACGACGAACGAACGAACGAACGAACGAACGAACGAACGAACGAACGAACGAACGAACGAACGAGUCGGCCAAACGGGGUGAGGAGGAGCAAAGAGAGACAGAGGCAAAGCGAGGUAGGUCGACGUCGUGGCACGGGCUUAUACCGCGCACACGGAGUAGCCUACCUACCACCCAUCGUGCGAGUUCUCUCGCUUUACGUUCUCUCUCUCGGUACGAACGAUAUCAAGGCUGCUGCGAAACGAUUAUAUUGCUUUUGAGCGAUUCUACCAGUAACAGAAGAAAAGAAGAAGCAAAGUACGAAAAGACUAGUUAGUACUAAUCAAAUUCAAAAAGAAGGCUAAGGAAGCAGAGAAGAAGGGGAGAGAAGAGGCGGAAGAGAAAUUGCGAUAACCGCGAGGGUCUGCCUAAGACCCCCGUCGGUCCAAACGUAUCGCGUUCGCGAUAAGACAUCGCCAUGGCGGAGGAACAAGAAACGAAUAACACGUGCGAGGAUUCUCUCGGUCCUGGUGAUACCACCACUGCUUUUGCCAAGAAACUACGGGGCCGGAAAGGAGCACUCAAGAAGAAAAAUGUGUACAUGGUUAAGAAUCAUAGCUUUAUGCCACGUUUCUUCAAACAACCCACAUUCUGCAGCCAUUGCAAGGACUUUAUAUGGGGCUUCGGAAAGCAAGGAUAUCAGUGCCAAGUCUGUAGUUUCGUCGUUCACAAGCGAUGUCACGAAUACGUGACCUUUACCUGUCCUGGAGCGGACAAAGGAGCUGACUCGGACGAUACGCGGACGAAGCAUCAAUUCAAGCAACACACCUACAACAGCCCCACGUUCUGUGACCACUGCGGUAGUCUUCUCUAUGGUGUCAUCCACCAGGGCAUGAAAUGCCAAGCAUGCGACAUGAACGUACACAAGAGAUGCGAAGAGAGCGUCCCGAAUCUUUGUGGAUGCGAUCACACCGAAAGACGUGGUCGUAUACAUCUUUACAUCACUGUUUCCGGUAGCAAGAUGACCGUCGAAGUAAAGGAAGGACGAAAUCUCAUUCCGAUGGAUCCUAAUGGUCUUUCGGAUCCUUACGUGAAAUUGAAAUUGAUUCCAGAUUCGGAUAAUGUAAAGAAGAAAACGAAAACUAUCAAGUCAUCUUUAAAUCCUGAGUGGAAUGAGACAAUUAUAUUCGAUCUUAAACCAGAGGAUAAAGACAGACGGUUGUUAAUUGAAGUCUGGGAUUGGGAUCGAACUUCUAGGAAUGAUUUCAUGGGAUCACUUUCUUUCGGCAUAUCGGAACUCAUUAAAGCGCCUGCUAGUGGUUGGUUUAAACUUCUUACUCAAGAAGAAGGGGAAUUUUAUAACGUACCUGUGCCCGAAGAGGGAGUUGAUCUGGCGGAACUUAAAAGUAAAAUGCGAAAAACAUCGGUGACGAAAAAGACUCCAACGACGCAGGAUAAAGAUGUACCACACAAUAUGGGAAAGAGCGAUUUGAUAAGAGCAUCGGACUUUAAUUUUCUUAUGGUUCUAGGGAAGGGUAGCUUCGGGAAGGUGCUAUUAGCAGAAAGAAAAGGAACUAAUGAGUUAUAUGCCAUCAAAAUACUUAAGAAAGACAUUAUUAUUCAAGAUGACGACGUGGAAUGCACGAUGGCCGAAAAGAGAGUCCUCGCUCUUUCAAGCAAGCCUCCUUUUCUUGUACAAUUACAUUCUUGUUUUCAAACUAUGGAUCGUCUAUAUUUUGUCAUGGAGUACGUAAAUGGUGGCGAUUUAAUGUAUCAGAUUCAACAGUGUGGCAAAUUUAAAGAACCAGUAGCAGUAUUUUAUGCGUCGGAAAUUGCCAUCGGACUGUUCUUUUUACAUGGCCGCGGUAUCGUGUAUCGCGAUUUAAAGCUCGACAACGUAUUACUCGAUCAGGACGGACAUAUAAAAAUUGCUGAUUUUGGAAUGUGUAAAGAAGGAAUAACGGGUGAUAAAACAGCUAAAACUUUUUGCGGUACACCAGAUUAUAUAGCACCGGAGAUAAUCUUAUAUCAGCCGUACGGAAAAUCUGUAGAUUGGUGGGCAUAUGGCGUACUUCUCUAUGAAAUGCUUGUUGGACAACCACCGUUUGAUGGUGAAGACGAGGAAGAACUUUUUGCUGCAAUAACAAAUCACAAUGUUAGCUAUCCAAAAAGUUUAUCCAAAGAAGCCAAGGAAGUGUGCAAAGCAUUUCUUACCAAAAAUCCGAGUAGAAGGCUUGGUUGCGGUUUCCGUGGAGAAGAAGAUGUUCGUAGUCAUGUAUUCUUUAGGCAUAUCGAUUGGGAGAAGAUCGAGAAUCGCGAAGUGCAACCACCUUUCAAACCAAAGAUCAAACACCCUAAAGAUGUAAGCAAUUUUGACAAACAAUUCACAUCUGAAAAAACGGACUUGACCCCGACGGACAAACUCUUUAUGAUGAAUCUGGAUCAAACGGAGUUCAUGGGUUUCUCGUUCCUCAAUCCAGAGUUUGUGCAACAUAUUUAAGAUAAUAUCUCUUAUUAGCUUUACCUCAUCGGUCUAUUCUUUGUAUAUUAUGACUCAUUAGUCUCUUUAUCUUCUACGACCUUUCCCUUAUUUUUCAUGAUCGACGUUAUCCGUUUUCACUCAGGGUUACUCUCUCCCUCUCUCUCUUUCUCUGCCUCCCACUCCCCCACUCUCUCCUACUCUCAUUUUAGUAAUUAUAUCUCUCAUAAUGACAUAAGGGAAUACGGACGAGACGUAAAAUACUUUGUCAUUUUCCAUGUUGUCACAACAUAGAAGAAUCUUUCGAUGUAUUUUUUAAAGAAAUAAAGCGCCAUGUUAGUGCGCACUGUAUUAUUAUGCUAUAAGAUAAAGACGGGACGCCUGGUGCCGAUCGUCGAGGGAUUCGUAGGACGAAUUCUAAUUUUCGAUCUGCGGAGAAUUGUAUUUCAUGGCGAUUGUAAAAAUGAAUCUACUUCUCGAUCAAAAUGAAAAUGUGUAACAAUCGCUGCAUUCGUUCUCCGCGUAUAUUAUGCAUUUACUUCAGUAGUUUCUACUGUCGCCUUCCAGAGUAUAUAUAAUAUAUAUCGAUUGAAGUAAUAUAUCAUUAUAUAUACGUAUACACACAGACACUUAUACAGAGAAUUAAGAUAUAUCGAUACGUAUAGAUACAAUUUUUCUGUCUUUCGUUCGAAGUUGCACUUAUUGUUCGUUUAUUUCGCUAAAGUAGCUAACGGGUAGAAAAAAACGAGUUCGUAGAAUUUUUCAAUGUUAAUAAUGUCAAAAUAUUCGUCUAACAAGAACUGCUCCAACAGUAGAUAAAAGUCUCGAUUAGGAACAGAGCUUGUAUCCAUUUUCCUUUAUUAAAAAGAUUAUAGUACCAGUUAAUGAAUAUAGUAACGCGGAAACGUAAAAAUAUACGUAUAGAUGCA